ACACAAGGAAGAACACGUUUAAUAACCCGCAGAUCUUUAGCUGCCUGCUGCGAUCUGCCUCUAAUUAGCGUUUCCUUGUGUUUAUUUUGAAAGUGCGGGCGCUCGUUUUCCGGUUUGAUUGCGGCUGGUUAAAGUUUUCUGACAGCUGAACGUCUGCUCUUUAUCCUUAAACACGAAGCGGGAUUUAGAUCAGUAAUUAUCUGGCAACUUCUUUUCAGACUUUUAUUUUAUACUACUAAUGUGACGUCAUAUUUACUGGCCACGCGGCGGUAAACACUGUGACGUCAUAUAUGUGGGACGCGGAGCUGCCGGUGGAUGGAUGAAGGACUCAGGGGGACGGGGUUGGGUUGCCAUGUUCCGUGUGGGGGGGUCGGUGACGUCCCGCCUCCUGCAGCUUCCUGUUCGAGGAGUGUGUUCGGCUGUCAUCCACAGGAAGUCACCUGCACCGGGUCUCACCUGGCCCCGCCCUCCGUCCGUUGGACUCCCGUCAGUCUGCUGUCUCAGGUCCCCUGUCAGGACCGCGUCAGGCGUCGGUGGAGAUGCGGGCGGUGCGGGUGCGUCUGGCUGGUACGGCGGCCUCGCGGACUCGGCUCCGGUCCACCUGUGUGAACACUUCCUUGUGACCGUGCAGCAGGUGAGCGGGCUGCCGUGGUGGCUGAGUAUCACCGUGGCAACGCUGUCAGUCAGAACAUUCAUCACUCUGCCGCUCGCGGCCUACCAGCUGCUCAUCGUGUCCAAGGUGGAGGCGCUGCAGGCGGAGAUCUCUGAGCUGGCGAAGAGGCUUCGAUACGAAGUUUCAGUCCGAGGGAGAGAGAGAGGCUGGACGGACAAACAGAGCCGGUUCCAGUUCCAGAAGAACCUGCGUCGUGUUGUUUCUCAGCUCUACGUCAGAGACAACUGCCACCCCAUCAAAGCCAGUCUGCUGGUCUGGGUUCAGCUGCCCCUGUGGAUCAGCCUCUCUCUGGCCCUCCGAAACCUGAGCCUGGAUCAGUCUGGGCUGCACAGUGACCUGACAGCAGGUGGAGCUCUGUGGUUCCCUGACCUCACCUCACCGGACUCCACCUGGAUCCUGCCGCUCUGUCUGGGACUCACCAACCUGCUCAUUGUGGAGGUGUUUUCUCUUCAGAGAGUCAGUCUGACUCGGUUCCAGAAGCUGAUGUUGAACGCCGUCAGAGGAUUCUCCGUCCUGAUGGUCCCCAUCGCCGCCACCGUCCCCUCGUCCAUGGCUCUGUACUGGUUGACCUCCAGUCUGGUGGGAUUCGGUCACAACCUCCUGCUUCGUUCUCCUGUGAUCCACAAACUGCUCCGACUGCGAACGCGUGGAUCGGAGUCUCCGUACAGAGACCUGCUGUGUGCCUUCAUCAACAAAUACAGCAAAUAGAGACUGGGACGCCUGAGCUGUCCACGUCUCAGGCCUGGGUCCGAACGGACCAGUGAGGACAGACUGUCCCUGCUCUGUGUUUCCCUGCGGACGAUGACGUGUGUCCUCAUUAAAUCCACCAGGUGUUUGUCUGUUUCCUGUUGUCGACUUUGAUCCGUUUGUGUUUCAGACUUUAACACGUGACAUGAAACUCUGAGCGGUUUAAUCGUGUCAGAGCUCAGCUCAACAAUCACAGGAAGAAUAAACGUGACCUCUGACCCUG